CCAACUGUUAUUGAAGUUUUUAAUAUAUUGGAGGAUCAAUAUAAUAAUCUUCCUAAAAUUAUGGAAGAUGUGAUUAAAAAAAAUAACAGUGAUAAAAAUAGUCAAAUUUUAUAUGACCAAAACAAUCUUAAAUUAUCAUAUCUUGAAAAUCCAUUAGGUGAAUCACCCUCAUUUUUGACGCCCAAAAUUUACGAGGAUGAGAGAGAAAAUAUAAUUAAUGCUACAGACGAAAUCAUUGAUUCUUAUUUAAAAAGAAAUAAUAUUGGAUGGUCAAGAGAUUUUUCUUUUCCAAAAAUUUUAGAAAAGCACAAAUCGAUAUCAAAUAAAAUUUUUGGUAAUCUUAUCAAUAAUCAAACUAUACGACAAUAUGAAGUAAUGGUUGGAUAUUUUUAUGAAGAUGGAUUUGGUGUAUAUAAAAAUGAAAUUGUUGCUUUUGAGUGGUAUAAAAAGGCAAGUAAAUUAAAUAAUUUGAAUGGUCAAUUUGAACUUGGAUACUGUUAUAAUUAUGGAUAUAGCAUUAAAAAAAAUCUUAAAGAAGCGUUAAAAUCAUAUAAACUUGCUUCUGAUGAAGGGUUAAAUAUAGCUACAUAUUUUCUUGCAAUUAGUUAUGAAUUUGAUAAUGAAAAAAAUAGAUUUGAUGAGGCGUUCAAAUUAUAUAAGAAAUCUGCCGAAAAAGGAUUUAUACCAUCUCAAUAUAAAUUAGCCACAUUUUAUGAAAUAGGUAAAGGUACACAACAGAAUAAAACAGAAGCCUUAAAAUGGUACAAACUGUUUUUAGAAAAUAAUGGCGAGUAUAAUCCAACAUAUAAUAUCAAGGAUACCAUAAUGGAAAAAACUACGUUAUCUAUUAAAUCUCUCAUUAAUGACAUUGAAAGAGAAAUCACACGUAAUGAAUUAGAUGAAAUUAUUGAAGCUUAUUUAAAACAUAAUAGCAUUGGAGAAACAAAAAGUUUUUCCUUCUUUAAAGUUUUAAAGAAUUAUGAGUCAAAAUCACAAGAAAUUUUUAAAUGCCUUAAUAAUAAUCAAACUAUACGGAAUUAUGAAGUAAUUGUUGGAAAAUUUCAUGAAAUGGGGUUUGGAACAAAUGAAAACAUGGAUAAAGCUUUUAAAUGGUAUAUAGAUGCAAGUAAACAAAAUAAUUAUAAUGGCAUCUUAGAGACUGGAAAUUGUUAUUAUAAUGGAAAUGGUGUUGUGAAGAACUGUGACAAAGCAUUUGAAUUUUUUCAGCGUGCUGUUAAUGAGAGUAAGGAAAAGUUAAAUAGAGCUUUAUAUUCUCUUGCAACUUGUUACAAAUCUGGUGAUGGUAUUCGAAAAAUGAAUGAGACCAAUCAGCAAUUAUUGCGAGAACAUCAAGUUAAAGCAUUUGAAUUGUACAAAAAAUCUGCUGAAAAUGGAUUUGUACUAUCACAACGUGAAUUAGCUGAAUGUUAUAAAGAUGGUAUAGGUACUCAAAAAAAUAGGGAUGAAGCUUCAAAAUGGGAAAAAAAAUACACGACAAGUCAAAAUGAGUUGUCCAAAAAAUUAUAAAAGAAACAUUAAAAUGGUACUGUAUAAACUAUUAACAUUGAUAAUUUUAUAAUUAAUUACAGCUUUUCAUUUUUCACG